CAAAUUUUAUUCACCACCAAGCUACCCCUCCAUUAACAUCAAUCAAUCCGAUCUCCUCCCUCUUCCCAGUAGUCAGUAUCCUUGAAGAGUAUAUCAUACAAGUCAAUCCAACAUGAUGAUGUCCCUACGAGCCGCGGCGCGCUCAGCACCCCGCACACUCUCCCGUCUAAGCUCAACCGCCGUUCGUCAAUCCAGAGUAGCUCAACCAAGCUCCCUAUUGAAGUCAUCAUGGACACCCCUCCGAUCGCCACAACUCGCCUCUGCAUUCUCAACAUCGCAAUUCCGACGAGCACCCGAGACUGAGGUAGACGAGGAACUAUCGGUUAAGCUCGAGAGUGAGCUUCAAUUCGAAGGCGAGAUGAAGGAGGCUGAGGAACUCCCCGCCAGCGUCAAAGACUUCCUCGAGAACAGCCCCUUCGAGCUGAAGGAUGUAGCUGGUAAGGAGGACGUUAGCUUGGUUCGAACAUUCGGCAACGAGACAAUCACAAUCACCUUCUCCAUCUCCGACCUCGCCAACUACAACCCCGACGAAUUCAACGAGGACGCCGCUCUAGGUGACGAAGAGCUCGACUCUCCCGACGGCAAAGUCCGCGGUUCACAAGGCGCUCCUGAGAAUGAGGACGAAGGCGAGUUCGACGAAGAAGCCGAACCGGGCGUUCCUAGCCGUCUAAACAUCGUGAUUGAGAAGGAGGGCAAAGGCGCCUUGAACAUUGAGGCGCAGGCACAAGAAGGUCACAUCAUCGUUGAGAACUUCUACUACUUCCAAGACCCGAAGCUAGCGCACAGCUCCACGGCUGAGCUUGCCCAUAGCGCCCAGGACGUGUACCCCGGCCCGCCCUUCGGCUCGCUCGACGAGGACCUCCAGCUCCUUAUGGAGAGAUACCUUGAGGAGCGCGGUGUGACUUCGGCUCUUGCGCUUUUUGUCCCGGAUUACAUAGAUAUUAAGGAGCAGCGCGAAUACCAGGCUUGGUUGAAGAACGUCAAGGACUUCGUCGAUGCUUAGAUGAGGAUAGGGUAAUGAGGGGAAGAUGAUUCAGGGAAGAAGCUAGCUAUCAUGAAGGAAAUGAAACGAGGAUCUCCACGACGAUGUAUUAUGAGGAAUUACCAGGUAACCGUCCUUGUGUAAAAACUUUCCACACUCCACAAUGUAUAAUAAAAAAAUGAAAAAUAAUGAUUAUGAAGCCCAUCG